CACCUUUUUUCAUCCCAAAACCCAACCCGAGAAAUUUACUUAACUCGACCCGAGUUUUCCCCUCUUUCAACUGACCCGACUUGGAACCCUCCCGAGACACAAACUCCGAAAAAAACUUUUUUCGAUCAGAAACCCGAUCCUAAGAUAAUUUUGAAACCGCUACCCGAAACCCGACUUUUUUCUCAACGCGUAAAUCCCUAGACGAUGUUUUUUUUGAUUGUUCCAAGUGGGUAACUUUCAACUUUAAUCAAAUAAAAUAAUUUUUUACUUAAAAAGACAGAUUAAAUUAUUUUUAAAAUCAAAAAAUGUUAUUUUUCCUUUGUUCAUUUUACUCAUGCCAGUAAUUAAUGGGAAAUUGUGUUGGAGGUUUUAAACGAAGAACAAACCGAAUUGCCCCCUGGAAACGAAAUAAAGCUAUUGUUCUUUGUUUUCUUGGGGUUGAUGGUGCUGGAAAGACAACAAUAGUUAAAGCAUUACAAGGAGAGGAUUUCGGCACUGUCCACCAAACUGUUGGAUUUAGCAGAGCAGAAGUAAACAUCCUCAAAUACAAAGUAACAGUUUACGAUUUGGGUGGGUCCCAAAGAAUAAGAGAAAUUUGGACAACAUAUUUCGCUGAGGUCUACGGAAUUGUUUAUGUCGUCGAUUCUAGCGCUGCUAGCAGGAUAUCAGAAAAUAAACAAAUUGUGGAUGAAUUAAUUGAAGUAUCCGAAUUAAUGGGAAAGCCGAUACUUUUCCUUCUAAACAAAAAAGAUUUGCCAGAAGCAAUGGACGAAAUCCAAUUUUCUGAAAAAUUCAAACUCCACAGUAUGGCGAAAAGGAAUAAAACGGAUAUAAGGGUGGAAGGUGUUUGUGCUGUUAAAGGAACGGGAAAGGAAAUUGAUCAAGUUUUCCUUAAUUAUUUAAUUAAAAAAUUUUACUUAAAGGUAAUUGUUGAAGGAUUGGAAUGGUUAAUUGAUAAAAUUUUGGAUAAUUAUGAUAAUAUUUCUAAAGGUGUUGAAAUUGCACUUAAAAAACUUAAGGAAAGACAAGCUCAAGAAAGGCUAGAAAGGCAACACAGACUUGCUAUUGCGUAA